AAUUUAUAAUUUUACUUUCAGUAUAUUUGAGGAUAAUGAAUACCUGAGAAUCAGUGUGUUCAGUUAACCUACUGAAUUAAUCAAAGUUCCUUUAAUGUGACUACUAUUUCCUAUUUCCAAUAAACCGUAAGCUAAUCACAUUUGAGCAAUUUAGUUCUAAAUCAGUAUUCGUGUACUGUGAUUAUCAGAGAGACAGGAAUAGAUUUUCAGUGUUAGUAAAUCUAUCAGAAAACAACUGUGAUACCUUGUUUAUCUGUGCUGGUGAAGGUUUUUCUACUUCAUGUCAAUAAGUUUUACAAUUUAAAAUCGGUUGUUUCAACGUUAUAGAUUCCUAAUGGAGUAAUGAGUACAAUUUUACAAAAAUAUCUUCUGAAAAUAUAACUGAGACACUAUAAAGAAAUGCAUUUUCGGACAGUGUGCUGAUAGAAGUUACUUUUAAUCAGUAAAAAGUUUGAGCAUUGUGCAUUAGAUCAAAUAUACACAAUUGUGUGUAAACUAUUGAAAUAUAAUUAUAUACUUUAUUUAAUUUUAGUCUGUCUGGCAUAUAAGGUUGUCAGUUUUAAUUAAACAAGACAUGUAAAUUUCGCGACAGUGGAUGAGUUUAUUCAGAUUUAUGCGUCAGCCAAUGUAUAAAGUUCCAUGUUGUUAUUUCUAUUUCUAACCAAUCAGAUUAUCUCAGGCACACAUGUGUUGGUCUUUGUGUGAGACACAUAUCUCACCAAGGUCACACAUCUUUAUCUGUCUGUAUAAAAGGCAUGAUAAUGUUUGUAUGAAUCACAUCGGCCUCAACUCACGCUUUAUGUAGUAGGCACGCAGUAUGGUGGCGAAAGAUUUUAUUGACCUCUUUUCGAAGUACAGUCAUGGUAAUCGGGUUUCAGUUGAGGAUUUCGCGGAUCGUUUAAAUUUAUUCACAGUCGUCCUCUUCCUAUUAGCAACUAUUAUUGUUUCAACAAAGCAGUAUUUUAUGAGUUCAAUCUCAUGCUAUAUCCCUGUGAAGCCGACUGGUGACAAUUUUAAUUCCUAUCUUGCUGAUUAUUGUUGGGUACAUGGUACCAUACCUUUGAGAUCUGAUGAAAAAUUACCAAAUACUCGUGAAGAAUGGGAUGAAUAUGAUCGUUUAAGACGGAUCACCUAUUAUCAAUGGGUACCUUUCGUUCUUGGACUGCAGUGCAUAUUCUUUUACAUUCCACAUAUCGCCUGGCAAGCUGUGUGUGCUAAUCGAUCAGGUGGAGAUCUAUUCGCUCUUGUAAAAGCUGCAGCUGAUGCAGCCAUCUCUGAACGUGGUUCACGUAAAAGUCAGGUGAAACGUGUUGCUGAGUUCUUGGAGGAUAUGAUUGACGGUCACAAAGAUUGUCGACAUGGACGCAGAAUGAAUCUAACCAGACGUGCGUAUGAUAUGUGUGGAAUAUGCGUUGUUAGUAAACGUCUUGGCACUUGUCUUGUCUUCUCUUAUAUCUGCGUUAAGUUAAUCACCAUUAUCAAUGCUAUCAUGCAAGUGUACCUCAUUCAACGUUUUCUCGGAUUUUAUUCUGAUGGCAGCGCUGGCCAACGGAGUAUGCAGCUUGGUAAACCGUAUGAAGCUAACGGGCAAGUUGCGGCAAUAUCAAAUCAUGAGAAUGAAGAUUUAGAAGGUUUUGGAUUUGGUUUAACAGUUGCUAAUCAUAUACGCGCUGGACGUGAUUGGCCAGAAACAAUAUUAUUCCCACGUGUUGCCUAUUGUCGUGUCCCAGGGAUUCGAUUAGUCGGUGCAGAAAAUGCCUAUACUGCUCAAUGUGCCUUACCUAUAAAUAUGUUAAAUGAGAAGAUCUACAUCUUUUUCUGGUUUUGGAUAUGCUUUUUAAUUGCAGCAAGUAUUUUCAGCCUAGUAUUAUGGUUGAUUCGAAUGGUGAUAGCACCAAGACGUAAAGAUUUCAUUAAACGUUUUCUACGCAUUAAAGGAAUACGCUCAAGAAGUGGCGCUGAAAUAACACGAGCUGAUUUAGAUGAAUUCAUUGAUGAUUAUCUUCGACGUGAUGGUGUCUUCCUUAUUCGUAUGCUGGCAAUCAAUGCAGGUGAUGUUAUCACAUCGGAGAUUGUUAUGGCUUUAUACGAACACUACAUAGAUAACAUUUACUCAGUGGAUAAUUCACCACAGAAAAGCUUAGAAAAGGAACCAUUGAAGGAGGGGUCUGGGAUACCACCAAAUUAUGUGUAAUUUUGAAGAAGAUAAAUUGAAACAGGGGGAUAUGUUUUAUCUACUGUCUGUCAUUGUAAUUUUACUAUUUCUACGCGGAAGAACAAACCUAUGUGUUCAUUGGUGUGGACUAACAUACUUCUACCAAUAAUAACUCUUCCCAUCGCACACCUCAAUUCGUAACUUUAUAAGAAGGCGAUAUAUACCGCCUACCAUUUGUGUGUAUGUGUGCCGUUAUCAUUUGCCUUUAAUAACAAACUAUUCGUCUUCCAUUCCUCUUUUUUUAUUCAAUAAAAAAUAUAAAUUACUCCAUAUUAUAUUUAUACUCUCUGGAUUUUUAUUUGUUGUUUUUAUAAUCAUAGACAAAUCUACUUCAAUAAUAAUUCCAUACUACCCAUUUUUUAAUACACAAUUGAUUUUUAUCAUUUAUUAUUUUUAUUGUUCUUUUUUAUAUAAAUGUAUUCUGAAGAGAACGUAUCUAUCUAUAGUUGUGUGUUGUUCCUUGUCAAGCUUAUUUUUAAAGACUGUCAUCAUAGUUUGUGUGUGUGUGUGGAUGUGUGUCAAUACUCAGAAUUUCGAUGUUCGUGUCUCCACUGGCUACUUUUUCGAUACUGCCUUUUUUUGUGCUCAUUUCUUAAAACGAUUUUAUUUGUGUAGUAUUAACAGUAUUAUUUUUUAUUGUUACGAUCAUGCAACCAGCAACAACUAUACCACUACUACCAUUAUUAUUAUUGUUAUUAUUCUUUGUAUCCCCCUCCCUCUGUUUUUCAAUUGUAUCUUAUAUUGAUUAACCCCUGAACAUUAUUGUCAAUUUUUGCAGUUUUACAAUCUUGUGUAGUAGUAAAAUAGGUCUUUUAUCAA